AAAGAAUUGCCUUUUAUUUGGUGCAUUGGUAAUCAACGUGACAACUGUCAUUUUGAAAUCACCCACCCACCUUUUCGGUACUUGCUCUUUCUCUGUGAAGAAGUGUUUUUGAUCACGACCAUAGAAAGUUGGAAAGUUGUUGGCCUGUCCCGAAAGUCUCAACAUGAGUACCCACAAACCGAGUAUGCAGCAAAAGGUUCUUCUCGAAGCACGAGUGUUAGAAACUCUGAAUCAUUGUUUCCCUGAGUUCAAAUGUUCCAUAACUGACAUCAAGUUUCCUAAAUCAGAGUUUGUCAUUAAUUUCUACAAGUUCAUCUUGGAGGAGCUUCGAUUUGACGUUUCUAAAUUAAUGAUGGGCCCUCUGGAAGAUCAACUUCAAGGGGAGUCUCACCCAGAGUUGUAUUUAAAAAGCUUGCCACUCGUUAACAUGGCCAGAGCUCUCAGAACAAUCCUCAUUAGGCUUUUGGGUGCAGAUAGGCUGCAGUUUGGGCUUGAAGACCUUUUGGAACCUAAUCCCUCCCGAAAUUCUCUAUUCAUGUUUAACCUUUUAAACUUCUACUCAUUCGCGGAUACAAGACUUCCCGAGUUGUCAAGUAAAUUAGAAGUUAUAGGUCAAUCCAAGGCAGAAGCUGAGGAACUUCUGAGAAAACGAGAAAUGAUCUCCAGAGGAAUCAACCAGAGAGCUCUCACUAAAGGCAAGAGAGCAGAUUAUGCUAGAGAGAUUAAAUCAAAGAAGUUGGAGAUCGAUGAAUUGCAAAAGGAGAGCAAGUCUGUUGAACAACUGAGUGAAAAGAAGCUGGCAGAGCUGGAAGAAGCAAAGAAGAAACUAGGCAGAGUUCAGUCUGAUGUAUCACAGUUAAAUGAGACCUUUAUCAAAUUGGAAGCUCAACAAGUCCAAUCUCCUGAUGUCAUCAAGAGCAAUUUUAAGAAUAUGCAGGCAAAAUUGGAGGAAACGAAACAACAACUAGAACAAGCACAGCAGACCCUAAAAGAAAGGAAGAAGGCCAUUGCACUUUUUGAAACUGUAGAAAAAGGUCAAGACACUCGCUUUGGGUUGGUCACAGAUGCUGUUUCUAUUGCAAGAACUAUCAAGGAUCUUGAAAAGCAGUUGGCAGAUGGGCAGAGAAAGCUUAAGUCUGAAUUAGAGGAAAUAUCCAAGUGCCAGGCCAAUUUAAAAGAAUUGAUGAGAGAAUCUACAGACCUGUCUCAUCAACUAACUAACACUCAACUGAAAUGGGAAAGCAAGAAGAGGAGCAUGGAAGAGGAAAUUCGUUUCCUGAAAGAGGACAAAAAUCGCCUGAAAAAUAAAGAAAGUAAAGACAUGGAAAAAAUCUGUCAGGAGAUAUGUCAGGUGCAGGCUGAAAUUAAAGAACUUAUUGAGAAAAAUAAUGCUUUCAAUGAAAUGUGUGAGAAGAAAUAUGCAGAAUUGAUGGAAAUGGAGCAAGAGUUUAUUGCUGAGAAGAAUGCAGCGAUAGAAGCAGACAUUGAGGGGUUAAAUAAACUAAAAAGGGCACAAGGAAGAAAUUAAUCUUAAAAAUUUUCAUUUAUUUGAGAAGUACAAUUGAUGCUUAUUUUACAUACUUUUUUUCACUUAAAUGGCUGUAACAUUUCAUUUUACUACUAAAAAUCAUUAAAGGAGGAUUCUGCUUCAUUCUGUUCGCUUAUCA